AUGUUCGUGUUGCCGUUGUCAGAGAAAAGGGAGUUGACAGCCUGUUUGGCAUUGGCCCGUCCCACCUCUGUCGUUUCGUGCAGAGGGAGGACUAUACGAGCAGAAGUGGAGAAACAAACUAAGGAGAGCCGAUCAGACGGGCCGAGGUUAUCCACAACAAAGCCCGCGGCCCGCUUUACAAGGUCCAGCUUCGGCCCUUUCAUACUACCGCUGACAUCCAGCACCAUAGCUAGGUCGAUGGGGGCACGUGCUUGUGGGCCCUGGUGUGAAAGGGGUGGGGCCCUCAGCUCAAUGACGACAGCAAAAUUGGGCUUGGAGUCCAAGGCAGGAACAGCAUCUUGCUCCGGGACGGCCCGCAGGGUAACAUUCUGUAAGGUGGGAUUCGAGGUUUCACCACCGACAGCGACAAAUGGCAGGGGCUCGUCGUCUGAAGACUUUAGCUGGGAAUCAACAACCAUCCCCAGAAGUGUCCGACCUGGUAGAGGCCCUCUGAUUCGGAUGCGCACUCAUGCUCGACAACCUGAUCGUACAUCCUCUUACACUCCAUUUUCUCCUCAAUUUCUCUCAUCUCAGCCUCCAGCUGCAACGAGAGCCCGUCUCCCGCCUGGCUCGACUCCGAGGCCGAAACAGACGACCUCGUGCUCGACAGAAUUGCGCUUGACGUCCUUGUACGAGCACGUGACGUCCACAAGUAGGGUCCGCCUAUCGUUUUCAUUUUCAUCCUCUUCGAGGCUGAAGGAGUAUGCUGGGACGGAUACGUCAAUUAGAAAUUCUUUUUCCUCAUCCGCAUAA